AUUUAAAAAUGAAAAGGCCAUACGAAGUACUUAAAGAAGAAGGAAUUAAACUGUUGAAAAAUAUAGUAGGAGAUAAUCUAGAUUAUUCUUGUUAUUCUAUUUCCUAGCCACAUGUUGGAAGCGUUUGGAUCACAUAUUAAGAUAACUCUCUAAACAAAAAAGAUCCCAAAGUAGUGAGCCUGUUCUAUCAUCCAAAUUGUAGACACUUAACAACAACAAAUGGAAAAUUAGGUGAGAAAAAGAGUUGUGCUGGUCCAGGAGAAUGGGCAAUAUCAGAAUAAACAAAAGGAGAUAAAGAUAAUAAAAGUGAAUGCCGUACAUUUUGA